AUCCGCAACGUCAACUCAUCCAGCUGAUCUCCCCGUAACCUUAACCACUUAUUUUGAAAUUAAGCAAGGUCGGAAGUUAACAAGCAAAAUUUCCAAGGCCGUAAAACCGCAAAAAAGCGUACUUCCGCGCGCUGAAAACAUGAAAACUUCCUUCGUCAGCACCUGGUGAACUCAAUUACGAAACCCGUCCGCGUCCGCCUGCUCCACAUCCAGGUACCUAAUAAUAGCAUUUUUGGAAAUUUUAGAAACCGCGUUAGCGAACCGUAACAAUGGCCAAAGGAUAGAACCGAUCCGAAACGCGCAAAUCUAGAAUGGAAGACGAACUCGACGACAAAAUCCUGUACCAAACGUACGUAUCCCACAUGAAACUCAUGUCCCGGAUAGCCUGGGGGCUCCCCCUUAACAUCUCCCCCCUGGCGUACACCUCGCACGCUUGGAGACUCCUCAAGGUGUACAUGCUAAAACCCGAAAUCAUCAUCUUCGGAACCGUGGUGUUAUUCAUGCUCAUGUACAUGCAGGCCCUCGAUGUAUGGAGUCGUAAUUUGCUAGGGCGCCUCCAGUACACCAUCAACCGGGGGGCGAAGUCCAAGGCCGAGAAACUGAGUCUGUUCACGGGCGGCGACCCCGGCAAGGCCAGCUGGGAGAUGAAGGUGGGCCCCUACGCGGCCUACGCCGUCCAGGGCCGCCGCCCCAAGAUGGAGGACCGCUUCGUGGUCAACGACAACAUCAACAACACGGGGGUGGCGCUGUUCGCCGUGUUCGACGGCCACGGGGGCGAGUUCGCCGCCAACUACGCCAAGGAGAAGCUCGUCCAGAGCUUGUACAACCGGGUGAUCGAAAUCAAGGACUUGAUCGCGGGGAAGGCGGUCACCUGCGAGGAGCAGGGCGACGACGAGAAGAAGGACCCCGAGAAGCCUGUCACCCCCAGCUUGUCGGAGCGCCGGAAGAGCUUCCGGAAGACGAGCUCCACGACCGACGAGUGCAUCAAAGGUGCCAAAGAGAUCACAGACUUCGAGUUGUUGUCGAAGUUGGACAACUUCCCGAGGGCCAUCACGAGGGAAGUGCGCCCCUCGUCGCGCCCCCAGUCCUUCAAGAAAAUCCCCUCCUCGAGCUACUACGACAAAUCGGGGGUGGUCAACUACGGGAAGUUACUGACGGACGAGGUGCUGGCGGCCGACCAGCGCCUCCUCGAAACCGCCAAGAAGACCAUGGACGUCGCCGGCACCACGGCCCUGAUCGCCAUCCUCGAGGGGUCCAAGCUGGUGGUGGCCAACGUGGGGGAUUCGCGCGGGGUGAUGUGCGACAGCCGCGGCAACGUCAUCCCGCUGUCCUUCGACCACAAGCCCCAGCAGAUGCGGGAGCGCAAGCGCAUCAAGGAAGCUGGGGGGUUCGUGACCUUCAACGGGGUGUGGAGGGUGGCGGGAAUCUUAGCCACUUCCAGAGCUCUGGGUGACUAUCCCCUCAAAGACAGGAAGCUGGUGAUCGCAGACCCGGACAUCUUGACUUUCGACCUCAAGGACCACAAGCCGAUGUUCGUCAUUUUGGCCUCGGAUGGGCUUUGGGACACCUUUUCGAACGAAGAAGCGAUCAGUUUUAUCAAGGAACGAUUGAACGAACCCGACUACGGUGCCAAGAGCUUGACGUUGCAGUCGUAUUAUAGAGGCUCUUUGGAUAAUAUUACUGUUAUUGUGAUUAAUUUUAGGGAUAACGCCUUUAGCUUCCACAGCACCGAGAAGAGUGCUUAGGGGGCUGUUUUCCUACUGUGAGAUUGAGAUUUGUUUGCUCAAGUAGAGGUUUGUACCUGGUUGAAGUGUUUAUGCGAAUUUAUUAUUUAGUGUUGAUUUUUGUGUUUCUUCAAAGAACUUUUUGUGUCAUAAUGGCUGUAAGGUUUGUUAAUUAUUGCUCUCGAUGUAUAAAAUAAACGAAAUUUUAUCCUG